AUGUCUGCAUACAUUGCCGAUGAUACAUAUUUGCCCGACAAGCUGCCCGUUCACCCAGCGCAGGUUUUAGCGACCUUGUUUAACAAAUCCAUUCCGGACAGGUUGGCUUGCAUCAGUGCAGCGCGGUGCUUAAGUAUAAUGGGCAGGAAGGCUGCUCCUUACGCUUCUGGUGCGCUGACCAAAGUGUUACAGAACAGUGGCAGUGAUUUGCGGUAUGAGGCAUUAGUGGCUCUGGGCUACUUGGGUCCAGGAGCAGCCCCUGAGGCUGCAGCAGCCGUUGCUUUGAGAGCCAUGGAAGACGAAGAUGCACGCCUACGGCGGCAGGCUUUGCACACUUUGACGAUUUUUGGGCCAGAUGCUGCUCAUGUAUCCUCAACUGCAAUCGCGAAGGCCUGCCAUGAUGAAGACACGGACGUGCAAGUUGCAGCAAUCAAGUGCAUGACCGCUAUGGGUCCAGAUAUUGACUGCAAAGUUGCUGGUCCCUCGCUGGUCAAAGUUCUAGACUCCGGAUCGCAAGAGAUGCGUCGAUUUGCAAUGGAGACCGUCGCUGUGAUCGGAUCAGGAGUGGCGUCCUAUGUCAGCAAUCCUAUUGCACAGCACCUGCGUCCCCUGCCCGGAAGUGAUCCGGAGCUGCGGCUGCUGGCCGUAAUCGCCUUGGAAGCCUUGGGGCCAGAAAUCGUCUAUGAACAAGAAGUCCUGCUUGCUAGAGCUGUGCGAGAUCCCGAGAUAGAAGUCCGAGAACGGGCUUUCCUGACUUUGCGCGAUGCUGGAUGCGUCAAGGGUAUGAUGGGCUCGAUGAUGUUGGAGGAGCGGAUAUUCUCGCCAGAGGUUCUUGCAGCUUCGAAGCUGGUCGUGGAAGACAGUAGUUCGGAUUCCUCGGGUACCUCAGAAGACUCGGAUUCGAGUGCAGAACUCGAAAGCUUCGGAAGCGAAGCUGAGGAAGCAGAAGAGGAGGAUCCUGCUGAAAGCAGUCCCAAGAGUGGAGGUGCCGGAGACGAGGAGAUCGACAAUGAAGAGGCAGAGCGACUCCGGAAGAACCUUUUGAAGAACUGGUCCUGA